AUGGAACAUAUAGGCAAGAUCUACUCGGUGUCCGGACCCGUCGUGGUCGCCGAGGAGAUGGAGGGCGUGGCCAUGUACGAGCUUGUCAAGGUCGGCCACGCCAACCUCGUCGGCGAGGUCAUCCGCAUCAGCGCCGACCGUGCCACCAUCCAGGUGUACGAGGAGACGGCCGGUGUCCAGGUCGGUGAUCCGGUGCUGCGGACGGGCAAGCCGCUGUCGGUCGAGCUCGGCCCCGGUCUGCUCAACAACAUCUACGACGGCAUCCAGCGGCCGCUCGCCGCCAUUGCCGACACCUCCAAGAGCAUCUACAUCCCCCGCGGCAUUGCCACCAACGCCCUCGACCGCGAGAAGAAGUGGCAGUUCCGGCCGACGAUGAAGGUCGGCGACCACAUUGCCGGCGGCGACGUGUGGGGCAUUGUGUACGAGAACUCGUUUGUCACGGAGCACAAGAUCUUGCUGCCGCCGCGCGCGCGCGGCACCAUCAAGCGCAUUGUCGAGGCCGGCGACUACACCGUCGACGAGAAGAUCCUGGACGUGGAGUUUGACGGCAAGGUCACGGGCUACGGCAUGAUGCAGACGUGGCCCGUGCGCGCGCCGCGGCCGACAACCGAGAAGAAGUCGGCCGGCCAGCCGUUCCUGGUCGGCCAGCGCGUGCUGGACGCGCUGUUCCCGUCGGUGCAGGGCGGCACCGUGGCCAUCCCCGGUGCGUUUGGCUGCGGCAAGACGGUCAUUAGCCAGUCCGUGUCCAAGUUCUCCAACAGCGACGUAAUUGUGUACGUGGGCUGCUUUGCCGCGGGGACUCCGGUCAUGAUGUCCAACGGCACCAUCCAGCCUGUCGAGACCAUCGAUCUGGGCGACCACGUCAUGGGCAAGGAUGGCAAGCCCCGCAUGGUGAUGGGCCUCCCCCGUGGCACGGAGACCAUGUACAAGGUCUCCAUGAAGACGCAACACAGCAACGAGAACGCUCGGCUGGCUUCGUUUGUGUGCAACGCUUCCCAUUUGCUGGUCGUCGUGACGCCCCAGCAUAUUCGCAAGACCACGCACGUUCUCCGCGGCAAGAAGAUGACUUCGGUGUGCUGGUUCGACUGGGACACCGCCCAAGCCGAGGACGGACGCCCUGUCCGCCUGGUCAAGCUCUUCACCAAGUCCUGGAACCACGACGCCCAUGGCGGUGAGGCUGCUGCUGACGCGAAGGCUGCGGCCUUCCGAUCGGAACUCCCUGCGGGUGACUUCGAGUGGAGCAUCGAGGCCCGCGAUGUAUCCCUGCUUGGGACUGAUGUCCGCAAGGCCACCCAACAGCUGAUCAACCCUGUCCUCUUCCAGGCUGGGCAUCUGUCCCAGGUCCUCGAGCGCCAUGGCUACGAAUCGGGCGCGCCGGAGAUGGCCUAUCUCCUGGGAUCCUGGGUUGGCGGUGGGUACGACGACAGGGCCGCCUUUGCUGUGGAUGCUCGCGAUACGGCCAUCAAGGGCCGCAUGCAGGAGUACGGCAGCUUGUUCGACCUCACCGUGGACAGCCGCGAGUACAAGAAGGACAUGUACUCCAACCAGGCCGAUGCCAAGACCAACCCGCCUGACGACUCGCCCGCCAAAAAGGCUCGAAAGAUCCUCGGAGAUAUCCAGGUCAAUGCCACUCUCAACCGUGAUGAGACCUCCCCGACUGUCAAGAAGGGUUUCACCGGUAUUGGGGACGAGACGGUCGUCCUCCGCCCCUCGGGUACCGUUGCUGGGGCUGGGAAGACAAAGCCGCUCAACACGGGCAAUGCCUUCUGGGCUGUGGCCAACGCCAUGGGCGUCCGCGGCCCGGGUGGACAGCAUGCCAAGGUGAUCCCUGACGUGCUGAUGUGCGAGCCUUUCGAGGUUCGUGAGCAAUUCUUGGCCGGCCUCGUCGACUCGGACGGCCACGUCAAGCACAGCCCGCCCAGCGCUACGAUCAAGACCAUCGACACCGCUAUCUGUGAAGGGGUGAUCAAGAUUGCCCGAUCGCUGGGCGUCCGCGUGUCUGUGUCGACCGAGGCCGCGUCUGUGAUCCGCGGUGUCUCACACAAGAAAGCCUACGCCGUUUUCCUGAGCGACCCCGAGAACACUGGUGUUUUGGCCUCCAUCCUGAGUCGCUGCGCUCUGGAGCGCAAGAAGCUGCCGGCCCCGGCUGCUGUGGACCGCAAGGGCCAGGCCAUGUACUUUGACCUCGAGAAGCAGGCGCCCGCCGAGUACUACGGCGUCACCCUGGCCGACAACACCGACCACCAGUUCCUGCUGGGCAACAUGACGCUCGUCCACAACUGUGGCGAGCGAGGAAAUGAGAUGGCCGAGGUGCUCAAGGACUUCCCCGAGCUGUCCAUUGAGGUCGACGGCCGCAAGGAGCCCAUCAUGAAGCGCACCACAUUGAUUGCCAACACCUCCAACAUGCCCGUCGCCGCCCGCGAGGCCUCCAUCUACACGGGGAUUACCGUGGCGGAGUACUUCCGCGACCAGGGCCUCAACGUCGCCAUGAUGGCCGACUCGUCGUCGCGGUGGGCCGAGGCCCUGCGUGAGAUUUCGGGCCGUCUCGGUGAAAUGCCGGCCGACCAAGGCUUCCCCGCGUACCUGGGCGCCAAGCUGGCCAGCUUCUACGAGCGCGCCGGCCGCGUCAGCUCGCUGGGCUCGCCGCCGCGCGAGGGCAGUGUCAGCAUUGUCGGUGCGGUCAGCCCGCCCGGUGGUGAUUUCUCGGACCCUGUGACGGCAUCGACGCUCGGUAUUGUGCAGGUCUUCUGGGGUCUCGACAAGAAGCUGGCGCAGCGCAAGCACUUCCCGUCCGUCAACACGUCGCUGUCGUACUCCAAGUACACCAACGUGCUGGACCGGUGGUACGAGAAGGAGUACCCCGACUUCCCGCGCCUGCGCGAGCGCAUCCGCCAGCUGCUGUCCGACUCGGAGGAGCUCGACCAGGUGGUGCAGCUGGUCGGCAAGUCGGCGCUGUCGGACCCGGACAAGAUCACCCUCGACAUGGCGACGCUGAUCAAGGAGGACUUUUUGCAGCAGAACGGCUACUCGGACUACGACCAGUUCUGCCCCAUCUGGAAGACCGAGUGGAUGAUGAAGCUCAUGGUCGGCUUCCACGACGAGGCCCAAAAGGCCAUUGCCCAGGGCCAGUCCUGGGCCAAGGUCCGCGAGGCCACCCAGGAGCUGCAGGGCCAGCUGCGCAGUCUCAAGUUUGAGGUUCCCUCCGACGGCCAGGACGUCAUCUCCAAGAAGUACGAGGCUAUCCAGGCGUCCAUGCUGGACAAGUUUGCCUCUGUCAUUGACGAGUAG